AUGAUGACCACGCGCGGUACGAAGCGAUCUCGAUCCCAUGAAGACGCGCGCAGCGAAUCAAAGGUGAGCCCGCGCGCCAAGCCCCACACAUACGACAUGCGCCCGGCUGCUGGCGCCGAUGCGAUCGUGCUCAACCCGAGCCUCAUGACCGAGCGGCAGCAGCUCGCAUUCCUUCUUCGAAAGACUGCGCCGGCCAAAUCGCCGGCCGACAGCGAUUCCCACGCAACCGAUGACACGGGCUUGAAGCGCAAGCCGUCGCCCGUGCACAAGGACGGCGAGAUUACGACGACACGAAAGAGCCGCCCCGUGAAGAAAGCGCCCGCGGCCGUCGAGAUUCUCUGCUGCGUUUGCUCCAAGUACACUUGCACGACAGCGCUCUUCAUUUGCGACCACUGCGACAAGAAAUACCCGACACAGAAAAAGCUCGGGCUUAUUUCGGUAUGA